AUGGGCUUAGAGAAGAAGAAAAGCGCCCAUUUACGAACUGAUAUUAGAUAUAUUUUCGACGGGAAUGCUCUAUUCUUGACUGCAACCGAGGCCGCCAGGAGUCAUGCUCCUGCGUCGCAUUUUGCCGGUGGAGGCAUUAUUGUCGCUAUUGGAUACCCAUUGAACACAGAGCUCUAUGAUAUGCGACGACGAACCCUUAAUUUAUCUCCGCCAACAGAAACUCAAUUUCCAGACCUGGAGUCGCCGAUGUAUUCCUUGACUUCAUUCGAAGUUCAGUUCGAUCGGGGUCAAGGCCCGGUUUCCACUAGUCUCUGUCUCCAGAGAAGCACCCUACGGCCAUUCGUAUAG